GGUAUGACCAAUGGAUAAGUUCCGUCUACUGGAGAACGUCCAUACAUCGCUUACCCCCGUCGUCACCGACGCCGCGCUGGUUCGUGGAGAUUACAUGUAUUAUCACUACGGCUGUGACGGGGUAGAUGAUAGGGGAUGGGGUUGUGGAUAUCGCACACUUCAGACGAUGUGUUCCUGGAUAAGAGGACAACGAGGAGAGAGCAUGCGCGAAGUUCCAUCACUAAGGAAAAUUCAAAACGCACUGGUUGCUAUGGACGACAAGCCAGACUCAUUCGCUGGUUCCAAAAACUGGAUAGGAAGCUUUGAAAUAUGCAUUUGCAUUGACUACUUUUAUGAGGUUCCAUGUAGGUUAAUUCACGUAACUUCUGGAGAAAAACUGAUUGAAUAUCUACCAGACCUUCAGAAGCACUUCCAGGAGAUAGGCUCAGUUAUAAUGAUGGGUAAAGUUUUCACUCUUUAUCAGUUUUCAAAUUAUUUGUUUUGCGGUGAUACAGACAACGCUUCCAAAGGAAUAGUAGGAGUCUCCAUGGAAAAGAAGUCCCUGCUAGUUAUAGAUCCUCAUUACUAUGGAGAUAUUACGACUGUAACAGAACUCUAUGACAAAGACAUGUCUGGAUACGGUCUAAAAGAUGUAUACAUCAGCCCAGGCCCUAGCGGCUCCGUUAUAUUUGAAAAUCAAGAUAUUUUAAAAAUCAUAGAGGUAGCAAAAAGCUUGCCUCCUGUAUGGUCAAAGCAUGCACACAUGGGUUUCUUUGGAACAUUCACUGGUGAGCAACGGAUUAACAUCAAACUUGAUGCAAUAGACCCCGAAGGUACAGAUCUCCAUUUCAUGAUUGUAUCUGGUGAUCUACCGCAAGGAGUAUCCCUAAACAAUGUCACAGGUUACAUAGAAGGUGUGAUUCCGGAUGUAGAAGAAAUUUUCAAAUUUGGAGUUCGUGCUAUUGAUGAACAUGGAAAAUAUGCUGACGCAAUCUUUAAAAUGGAAACUGUUGUGAAGGACCAUUGUCAGACAAAUCCUUGCUUGCAUGGCGGAUCAUGUACAGAUACCAAAGGUUGGUUCAACUGUACCUGUCGAAGUGGAUAUGGAGGUCCCAGAUGUGAAUUUUCUUGUGCCUCCCAAGCAUUGGGAGUAAGUGACAAAAACAAGAUUCCAGAUGCUCAAAUGUCUGGUUACCUUACGUACAGCUCAUACUUGGAAUCAAAUGGACGAUAUCGCGCUUCUGGGUAUGGAUGGGUGGGAUCCAACAGCAACUCAUGGUUACAGGUGGAUCUAGGUAACCUGACUAAAGUGUAUGCAGUAAGGAAUCAGGGCUACAGUUCCACGUACUAUAGUCGUGGGUAUACCCUCUCUGUUAGCACAGACGGCACCUCAUUCCUGUCCGUAAACAACACUAAUGGAGGAAUACAUACCUUCUCUGCCUCCACAGGAAAUUACCAGUACUCACUUCCGGUUCCUGUAGAUGCGCGAUUUGUUCGAUUUCACCCAACUUCAUAUCACACUAAACCACAAUUUAAAGUAGAACUCUAUGGAUGUCAUUACCAGUGACACAGGAAAGCGAAUCAUAACGGAAAUGAUUACAUUGUUUCCAAUUUCUUUCAAAUAA